AUGCAAAACCUAAUCCGCAGAUCAGCGGCGUAUUUUAGCCCCGCCCGUCAUUGUGUACACACCUCCACAGCUCCAUUAAUCAGAGAAACCGGUCUCUAUGGAUUCGACCACUUGAAAACUCCCAAAGGGUUUCAACGAAUGGUCGACGAUGCUAUUGAGCGGUCUAAUGAACUCGUAAAUUAUAUUGCUGGAAUGCCUUCAGGUCCAGAAAUUAUCGAUGCCAUGGAUGAAAUAUCCAAUGCAGUUUGCACAGUUAUUGACUCUGCAGAGUUGUGUAGGCACACACAUCCUGCUAGGGAAUUUGUCGAGGAGGCAGGCAAUGCGUCACUCCGUAUAAAUGAAUAUCUACAUUAUCUUAAUUCGAAUUGCACUUUGUAUCAUGCGGUUGUAAAAGCCGAGAAGGAUCACCAUUUGCUUACUGAAGAAGCUCAAAGAGCAGCCCGUCAUCUACGUAUUGACUUGGAGAAGGGUGGCAUUCAUCUCAGCCCUGAAAAAUUGGAUCGAGUUAAUCAACUAAACAUAGACAUUGUUCGGCUGUGCAGGGAGUUUAAUGAAAAUAUUAUCGCGGACCCAGGUCACGUGGAUAUAUUUCCAGGGUCACGUGUACCCAAAAAUUUGCACCAUCUCGCCAAGCCCAUCUACCGUCCUUCAGGGCAAUUAAGGGUAUCAACAGUGCUGGAUGGUAACAAAAAAGAGAGAGGGUUUCGUUUAGUGACAGAGCCUGAUGCUCUGUCUUCUAUUUUGCAGUUAGCUUCGGAUGCUGAGGUUAGAAAGCUGGCUUAUGUCAGAGGAAAUUCUGUGCCCCGAGCAAACUUGGUGGUUCUUGAUAAGCUUAUUGCUGCUCGUCACGAGUUUGCCGAGAUUGUGGGGUAUAAAUCUUAUGCUCAAUUUGCUCUGAAAGAUAAUAUGGCUUCAUCACCCGAAGUUGUGCUUCCCUUUCUGCAUGAUAUGAGCAAAAUGGUCAGGCCCAAGGCUGAGGAGGAGUUCAAAAAAAUAUUGGAUUUUAAGAGAGAAAAAAGUGGUCAAUUAGAUGAAGGGUUAGAGCCAUGGGAUGAGGUUUACUUCACAAGAUUGAUGAAGUCUUCUGCCCAUAAUUUCAACAACUCGGUUGUGGCUUCAUACUUUUCUUUGCCACAAUGUAUUGAGGGCUUAAAAAUGUUGGCUGAGUCCUUGUUUCACGUGAAGUGUCAUGAGACUCCUCUUGCCCCUGGUGAAUCAUGGCAUCCAGAUGUGCUCAAAUUAUCUCUACAUCAUCCUGAUGAGGGUGAUUUGGGAUAUUUGUACCUUGAUUUGAAAUCAAGAGAGCAUAAGCAUCCUAUUUUUGCACAUUUUGCUAUCAAGGGAGGGCGUCGAAUCUCAGAAACAGAGUACCAAUUGCCAAUUGUAGCCCUUGUUUGCAACUUCUCAGGCUCAAAUUUCACAUCAGUGAUGCUUCACCAUUCGGAUGUAGAAACACUCUUUCAUGAGUUUGGACACGCUCUUCAUUCAUUGCUUUCAAGAACGGAUUACCAACAUUUUUCAGGAACCAGGGUGGUCCUUGAUUUUGCUGAAACGCCUUCAAACCUCUUUGAGUACUAUUCAUGGGAUUAUCGUUUCUUGAGGAAAUUUGCUAAGCAUUAUUCAACAGGCGAUCCAAUACCUGAAGACUUGGUAAAGUCAAUGCUAGGAGCGAAAAAUAUGUUUGCUGCGAUUGAGUUGCAACGCCAGAUCUUAUAUGCCUUGAUUGACCAAACGCUUCAUGGAGCACAGCUAUCCUCGACGAGGGACACAUCAUCUAUAGUUGCAGACUUGAGAAGAGAACAUACCUGUUGGAAGUACGUAGAAGGAACACACUGGCACGCCCGAUUCAGCCAUCUUGUUACUUACGGAGCAGGUUACUAUAGCUACUUGUAUGCAAAAUGCUUUGCUGCAACAAUAUGGCAAAAACUAUGUCAACAAGAUCCAUUAUCACUAGCCACAGGAUCUUCUCUUAGAACAAAGUUCUUACAGCAUGGUGGAGCCAAAGAUCCAGCUGAUAUAUUGAAUGAUCUCGUAGGAAGUGGUGCGAUAAGAAAUCAGAAUGGCGGUAUUAUUCCUGACAUUACAAGCCUCGCCAAAGAGAUGAAGCUUUGA